CUGUCCGAAGCAACUGCCGCCGCCGCCACCGCCUCUUCUUUCGUCUCUUCUGGGGCAGGGGCCAGGGCCAGGUUUUAUACAUCUGUAAAUAGACCGCUUUGGAGUUCUGCUAAUCAACUCAAUGGCGUCCCCUGCUGCUGUGCCUCUAGGAUUCCACUAUGAAACAAAGUAUGUCGUUCUCAGCUACUUGGGACUCCUCUCUCAGGAGCAGUUGCAGGAGCAGCAACUUUCUUUACCUCAAGGGCUUCAACUAGAUAUAGCUUCACAAUCUCUGGAUCAAGAAGUUCUGUUAAAAGUUAAAAAUGAAAUUGAAGAAGAGCUGAAAUCUUUGGACAAAGAAAUUUCUGAAGCUUUCACCAGCACGGGCUUUGACCGUCACACGUCGCCAGUCUUCAGCCCUGCUAAUCCAGAAAGCUCAAUAGAAGAUUGCUUGUCCCAUCGUGGAGAAAAAGUGUCCCAAGAACUGAAGGAGCCUCUGUAUAAAGCAUUGCAAAUGCUGCUUAGCCAGCCAGUGACGUAUCAGGCAUAUCGGGACUAUACCCUGGAGACCGCAGUUCAUGCCAGCGGCUGGAAUAAGAUUUUGGUGCCUUUGAUUUUGCUAAAGCAAAUGCUUCUGGAGUUGACAAGACGUGGUCAAGAACCCCUGAGUGCACUGCUACAGUUUGGCGUCACAUAUCUGGAGGACAAUGCAGCCGACUAUAUCAUUCAGCAAGGUGGCUGGGGCACGGUUUUUAAUCUUGAGUCAGAGGAGGAGGAAUACCCAGGAGUCAUUGCAGAAGAUAGCAAUGACAUUUAUAUCCUGCCAAGUGACAACUCUGGACAAGUCAGCCCUCCAGAGUCCCCAACUGUGACCACUUCUUGGCAGUCGGAGAGCUUACCUGUGUCACUGUCAGCCAGCCAGAGCUGGCAUACAGAAAGCCUACCUGUGUCUCUUGGCCCUGAGUCUUGGCAACAGAUUGCAAUGGAUCCUGAAGAAGUCAAGAGCUUGGAUAGCAAUGGAGCUGGAGAGAAGAGUGAGAACAACUCUUCUAAUUCAGACAUUGUACAUGUUGAGAAAGAAGAAAUCCCUGAGGGCGUGGAAGAGGCUGCUAUGGCCUCUGCCGACCUGCCGCCCCAAGAGCUGCAAGAGGCGUUUUUAGAAACCCCAGCUCAUUUGCUUCCACAUAUCACUGCCACUUCCCUGCUGGAGACCAGGGAGCCCAGCACAGGAAUGACUGCAGUUGAGCAAACUAGCCCUGCUACAUCCUCGUUUGUAGUGCUUGAUGAAGAAGAGGUGGAAGCAGCAACAGUGGAACCCGUUCAACUGGAGGAGGUGGUGGUUUCCGCACUGGAACCCACACAAACAGUGCUGAGCAAAGGGGAGAAGAACAUCUCCAUCCCGGUUGGAGAAGGGGAGGCCAUCCCAUUGUCUGAGGGCAAGUCUUUCCUACUGUUUGGGGGUGCUGCUGCUGUUGCUAUCCUAGCAGUGGCAGUUGGAGUAACACUGGCUCUGAGAAAGAAAUAG